AUGUCUUACCUAGCACGACGUAAAUCUAAACCUGGAUUCAAACGGUGUACGGAGACGAAUUAUACUGUUAGUAAUUUGCCUAGUUUGCGACGUAAACGAACUAUCGCGUAUAAUCGUAUUACGAAGGCUCUCGAGGUGGGGAAGUUAAUCGAAACCGAUGCAUCACAGACCGAGUUAUUUCUCUCAUAUUGUCAGGAAAUAAAAAACAUCGCGGAUAGUUUUCAAGAGGCACACUUCAUCAUUUUGGACCUUUUAAACGAGGAAGCCGAUGAUGUAGAUACCGAGAUCCAGGAGAAUUUCGAUGAAAUGUACUUUCGGGUCGUUGCAAUUCAACGUAAAUAUCAACAGGGUUCGUCGCAAGAAUUAAAUAAUGCGAGGCGUGAUUCGUUCAUGGGUGCGCAGAGCAAUAUGCGUUUACCGAAAAUUUCACUUCCGGUAUUUUCUGGUGCUAUCAAGGAAUGGCCUGAAUUUAUCGCGACUUAUGAUGCGUUGAUUCAUCGAUCAACAAUUCUAAGUGAUAUCGAGAAAUUUCAUUAUUUGGUGUCGGUGUUACGUGGUGAUGCGUUAUCGUUAAUUAGAACGUUUCCGGUCGCUGGUGAACAUUAUAUAAGUGCAUAUGAUGCUCUCAAGUCCCGCUAUGAAGAUAAACGUGAAUUGGCAUUUGCGUGCUGGCGCGAUAUUUUGGAAGUAAAUUUCAAAACUUCACACGCUCAAGAUUUCCGACAUGCGUUAAAUACAAUAGAUGAAAACUUGACUAUUUUGAAAAAGUUGAAGUUACCUACCGAGCACUGGGACUUCGUGCUUUGUUACAAUAUUUUAUCGAAACUAGAUACUAAACUGAGACGCGAGUUUGAGGAAAGGCACAUCGACAUCGAGCUGCCACAAUAUCAACAUAUAAGGGCGUUUUUACACUCUAAGAGUGAAGCGCUGAUACGCGACACGCACUUCUCCGCCGUUACUACUAAAACUUCACAAGUUAGCAAGGAAGCAUCAGGUGCCUUUCAAAAAUCGAAGCGACCUACCGUCACGCAUUCGCUUGUCGCCCCCACCGUCGAGCAUUCGCUUGUCGCCCCCACCGCCGACAUGUCUAAGAAGAAGGUUGGUGACAAACAAGAGGGCAAACCAACUCGUGUUGCGACAACCUCCAAACUUAUUCGUAAGUGUUCAUACUGCAGUGCAGAACACCACAUAACGGCUUGUAAAGAUUUCUUGUCUAAAUCCGGGGACGAGCGCAUGGCUGUAGCUGGCGAACGGAAAUGGUGCUACAAUUGUCUCAACUCGUCUCACUCGGUGCGAGAGUGCACAUCGAUAUUUUCGUGUCGAAAAUGUCAUCGUAAACAUCACACUCUACUACAUCGAGACCAAGUGGGGAACGACCCUAACGCCGCGCGCGAUCAUUCGCAAUCGGUAGCCCUAGUGGCUAAGAAAUCUUUUACUUCAUCUAACCCGUCCGCGAACACGACCGUGUUACUGGCCACUGCCAUGGUUCAAAUUCGUGACACAAGUGGUGAAUUUCAUACAUUCCGAGCGUUGUUUGACACGGGUAGUCAAAAUAAUUUUCUGACAGCACACGCCGCUAAGCGACUUGGGCUCAAGCCUAGAGCCGUCUGCGCCGAGGUACAUGGCUUGGGGGGUGCUCCUGCCUCAGUCAAUGGCGUCGUGACGUGCGACCUCGGCACUAAUGACAACGUUAGAUUUCAUCUCGAGAUGCUCGUCAUACCGAACAUCUGCGGAGAUCAACCCAUCGCAAGACUCAAUACGGAUGGAUGGAAUGAUGUCAAGACAUUACCGUUAGCAGAUCCUGGUUUUGACAUCCCUGGUCCAAUCGACGUCUUGUUAAAUGCCGACGUUUUCGCUGAAUCGUUGCUCGAGCAGCGUUUGAAGGGUAAUGGGUCUCGACCGCAAGCACUGAAUUCAGUUUUCGGAUGGCUUCUCCUAGGGAAGUCGCGACUCGCAUCCUCUCUUUCAUGUUUGAUGGGAUUAGCACCUCCUAGCAUGGAUGAGAGCUUAAAUAAAAUGGUUCAGCGUUUCUGGGAAAUCGAUAACGUUCCACAAUCUUCUCGAUUAACCCCAGAUGAGCAAGUUUGUGAAAAUAUUUUCACUCAUAACCACUACCGUGACGAGACCGGAAGGUAUCACGUCGUUCUUCCUUUCAAGAACAACUCGGAGCCUCUUUUUGAAGGCUCUCGAGCGAUAGCCUUAAGGCGCUUCCAUGCCAUUGAGAAGCGGUUGUCUCGUGAUCAAUUGUUAAAACAACAGUACACCGAUUUCAUGACUGACUACAUCGAAAGUGGUCACAUGACUCUGGUACCUGCUAAGCACAUGGGCUUAGGCAAGUACUACAUACCGCACCACUGCGUCUUGCGUCCCGACAGCUCCACGACGAAACUCCGCGUGGUGUUCGAUGCCUCUGCUAAGGACGCGAAUUCAAAAUCGCUUAACGAUUCGCAACUUGUAGGUCCAAAGUUGCAAUCCAACAUUGUGGAGAUUCUUCUCCAUUACCGGGAACACAAAGUCGUCUUUAUGGCGGAUGUGCGCCAAAUGUACCGCCAAAUUAACGUAGCUCCUCAUCACCGUGAGUACCAGCGCAUUUUCUGGCGGGCUCACCCAGAUGAGCCUCUCCAAGAAUACAUUUUAAAUACCGUCACCUACGGAGUAUCUUCUUCCCCGUUUCUGGCAUGUCGCACCAUCCAGCAGCUGGCCAAUGACGAGGGUCAUCAUUACCCUAAGGCUAAAGCCGUUUUAACUUCCGAUAUUUAUAUCGAUGACAUCGUAACCGGAAGUUCAACGCUGGAAGAUGCCUGCGAUAUCAAAUCGCAAGUCAUCGCUCUUCUCACUCGCGGGCGCUUUGAGCUACGCAAAUGGGUAGCCAGGGUCUUCGAUCCUUUGGGAUUUCUGUCGCCUCUAAUAAUUCAAGCCAAGUGCUUAAUCCAAAACCUUUGGAUCCUCGGCGUUUCGUGGGAUGAUACUCCCCCACCGGAAAUUGUUGCACAAUGGAACAACUUUUCCCAACAACUUCCACAAAUCAGAGAACUUAAGGUUCCUCGCGGGUUCGUUAUCGAAGGCGCUCGAUCGUAUCAGCUGCAUGGGUUCUGUGACAGCUCUGAACUUGCGUACGGCGCCGUCAUUUAUCUACGUGUCACCGAAUCUGACGGUUCCAUUCGCCUCUUCCUUGUUUGUGCACGAGCUCGCGUCGCGCCUUUGAAGAGGCAGUCGUUGCCACGGCUGGAGCUGUGUGCUGCGGUUCUACUAGCCGACCUCAUGAAAUUCGUCAAGGAGACAUUGCGGAUUCCCAUCCACAACACUUAUCUGUGGAGCGAUUCCACCGUUACCUUAGCUUGGCUGCGGUCCCCUUCUUCGCGAUGGGUAACUUUUGUCGCAAAUCGUGUCAGUCACAUCCAGGACACAGUUCCUACCGAAUGUUGGAGGCAUGUGCCCUCUGCGACCAAUCCAGCUGACAUUUGCUCUCGAGGACAGCUGCCAACGGAACUAUUAACCAACACGCUAUGGUGGGCGGGCCCCGAGUGGCUCUCUCAACCACAGUCUGAAUGGCCAACAGACAUAUCUAAAUGUCAGACGCAGGAGGACGUUGUAAUUCCCGAACAACGUAGUAACGUUCUCAUCGCUAAUCAAACCGAGACCACUUCGAAAACGUCCACAAUUGAUCACCUGUUCGAGAAGUAUUCAUCCUUUGAUAAAAUUUGUCGGAUCGUAGCGUAUAUCCGUAGAUUUCGCGUUAACUCGUGCGUUGAUGGUCCACGACCUGAGAGUCUUGUCAUAACGGACGUCGAAUAUCAUCGUGCUCUCCUGAUGAUCGUCAAACAUUUCCAGAACCGUUUUUUCUUUGACAUUAUAUCAAAUCUGAAGUUGCGAAAACAGUUGCCUCGCAACUUCCGUAAGUUAAAUCCUUUCCUGGAUGAUCAAGGUAUUCUCAGGGUGGGCGGACGGCUGGCUCGCUCUGGUCUUGAAUUCGAACACAAGCACCCGGCAUUGCUGCCUAGGAAAUGUGUGCUCACCACAGCAGUAAUCGAAUCCAUUCAUCGGAAGAAUCUUCAUCCCGGUCUGAACACCACGCACUACCUGAUCUUACAGCAGUUCUGGAUUCUGGCGGCUAAGCGUGCCGUGCGUCAACACCUCUCGAAGUGUAUGCGAUGCUAUCGUCUCCGUCCUCAACCAUUGCAACCGUUUAUGAGCGACCUUCCCGCCUUCCGCGUCAACCAGGCAAAAGCGUUCUCUCAAGUUGGGGUGGAUUUUGCGGGUCCCUUCCGGAUCAAACUGGGUAUCCAUCGCGGUGCUAAAAUCGAUAAGGCUUACUUAUGUUUAUUCGUCUGUCUGAGCACCAAAGCUGUACACCUUGAAGUAGUGUCCACUUUAUCGACUGACGGUUUCAUCGCUGCGUUGCGUCGUUUUGUCUCCCGUCGGGGCCGUUGUAACGUCAUACAUUCAGAUUGCGGCACAAACUUCGUCGGUGCAGCCUCGCAACUCUUAUCAUGCAUGGAGCUAGCAACGAACUCAGAACGGAUUGCAUUUAAAUGUAACCCCCCAUCUUCUCCACAUUUCGGUGGAGUAUGGGAAAUUCAAGUGAAAGCCGCGAAAAGUCAUUUAUAUCGGAUUGUUGGUGAUCAAACUCUAACCUUCGAGGAGCUUACCACGCUCUUCACUCAAAUCGAAUUGAUUUUAAACUCCAGACCCUUGUAUCCAUUAAGCUCUGACCCUAACGAUUUGAACGUUCUUACACCUGGUCAUUUCUUGACGCUGGAACCUCUUACGGCGGUUCCCGAUCCAGAUUACUCUAAUGUUAAUCUUAAUCGUCUAAGCCGAUGGCAACUGAUUCAAUCGUUCCAACAGCAAUUUUGGAAACGUUGGAAACACGAAUAUCUACACGCGUUAACUCAGCGGGCAAAAUGGACUAAGGACUCAAAACAAUUAACCGUAAAUUCGAUCGUGCUUAUUAAGGAUGAUAAUCGACCUCCACUCCAAUGGGCAUUAGGACGAGUAGUCUCCUUACACCCUGGGCCUGAUGGAGUGAUUCGAGUAGCUACUUUAAAAACUAGAGAUCACAUAAUUAAGAGACCUUUAGUUAAAUUGUGCCCUCUGCCAACCGAAUAA